UAAAUAUAUUCGUAAUAUACAGUGGCUAAAAAUGAGAAGCCACAUCGAUGGACCGCAUAAAAUUAAAACCAAAAGAAAUAAAUGGGAAAAUGGGCGUUGAGCGUCUCGAAGUACAGUUAGAUGAGAUGCAAAUUUUGAAAUGCUUUAAAUGCCUUCUUCUUCAGUUCACAUCAAACAUUCGCAUGAGAAGCUAGAAAAGAGGAGUGUGUAAAGAUAACUUCAAAGUCUCAAUCUAAGUUACCAUGUUUUUCAGUAUCAGACUAUUUCAAUGUCUUCUUGUGGCUUUUUAUUGUUUAGUGAUAAAUGCAACAACAAUUUUCAACAAUGCCAUUGACUCUCCCUAUCAACGUCCACUGCAGUCUCCUUUCAACGCAAUCUUGGGAUUAUCGAACACUUUAGGUUUCAGGCAAAGCGUAAAUCCAAGUUUUAGUGCAUUUAGACCGUAUAGUGCUGCUAGCAGUACUGUAGGUUCCGAUUUAUUGAAAAGGAGAUGUCCAGUAUGCGAUUCAUCAGUAUACGGUUACUGCAGUGAAAAGUUAUUCCAUGAUUCCUGCUGUUGUCACGAUCCAAAUAAUCCUUACGAUCAACUUCCCUACCAAUGCCAAUUCGCAGACUGCAGCUUUCUUCAUGCAAACACUUGCAGAGAACACAAAUUGAUCACCGCAUGCUGUUGUACAAACUAUUUGCUGUAUAAAAAAUAGGUAAUCUGAACGUCUAGGCAGAUACUGUAACCUCGAUAAUGUAUUUAUUUAUUUAUUGAAAGAAAAUGUAGCAAUAAAAUUCCGAUUUGUA